UAAACUAAAAUAGUUUAUUAAUUCAAAUAAAUUUAUUUUUUAACGUCAUUUUAAAUUUUAGUAACUGUAAAAUUCAAGCUUCAUAUGAUAGACAUAGGAAACAGGACAUUGUAGUAUUAAAAGAUUUCAGAGCACACCCAGUACAAAACUAGCGUUCAUACGCGCUACGCACCAUAACUACACCAUUUGUAAACGGAGCUCGAAGGAAUUCAGUUCAGGGGAGACUACACAUCGUAUGAUCAAAGCAGUGAGAAUGUUAACUUAAGAAACACGUAUGGUGUAAUGAUUUAGGAACCGGUAACUGUAUUUCGAUCGUGUAUAUUGAUUCUGGCGAAUUUCAGCCAGUUUAGAUCGUCAUGCAAAAUGUUAGAUUGAGGUACCAUCUUGUUGGAAGUCGACGGAAAGAAUCAACAUUAUAGUUUCUCAUAAUUUACGUUAUAAUUUUGUAUUGUGUUAUUGUACGAUGAGUAAUAACAUAGGUAAUAACAUGAAUCCGAAUCAGAAUAUUGGGUCAGCAAUGACAGUUGCCGCAACUACUCCCGGCUCAAUGUUAUCAGUAUCGGGGCAUCAACAAAAUAUUGCUACUCCAAUGGAAGUGGAUUCGGGAAUCCCACCGUCUGUUAUGGCUCCUCAACCUAGUUUACCAAACUUAACUGCUUCAUCGUCACCUGGUCUGGGAAAUCUUCAGUCUGUCAUGGGCACAGGCACAACAAAUAUUGUGUCUUCUUCUGCGGUGACACCAUCUGCGUCACAACAUUCUUCUCUUGCUUCUGCUUUACAAGGUGGUGGUUCAAAUACAAACACUACCCACAACAACAUGACAGGAACGGGAACAUCAUCAAUGGGAUCAUCUGUUCAAUCAUCGCUGGGAUCACAAAUGAAGACUUCAUCUUCCACUGCUUCUUCAGUGAGUCAUGAUGUACCAUCUGUGAUUUUGACUCGACCACGAUUGCAAGAUCUUGUACGAGAAGUUGAUCCUACAGAACAGCUUGAUGAAGAAGUAGAAGAGCUUCUUCUUCAGUUAGCAGAUGAUUUUGUUGAAUCAACUGUCAGUGCUGCAUGUUUGCUUGCCAAACAUCGGAAUGCAUCUACUGUGGAAGUAAAGGACGUGCAAUUGCACUUAGAGCGACAGUGGAACAUGUGGCUUCCUGGCUUUGGAACAGAUGAACUCCGACCUUAUAAACGAGCUCCUGUCACUGAAGCACAUAAGCAACGCCUUGCACUAAUUCGUAAAUCACUUAAGAAGUAUUAAAACACUUCUUCAUCUCAGGAUAAUGGAUUACUCUGUAAAUAGAAUAGUGAAAAAAGUGAAAGUAUACAUUUUAAGAAAUUUUUUCUUUCUGUAAAGUAUAGGAAGAUAAGUUCACUUGUUAUAUGAGUGAACGUGGAAAAUGUUUUUUGUUUGUUUGUUAGGCAGUAACUAAGUCAAAUCUAUUGUAUAAUGUUUCAUGUGUUUAUUGAGUGUGUGAAUGGAUUAGUGAUUUGGAAAAAUAUGGAAUGUGAAUUUUUUUAUAUACAGUUGAAUGAAUGAUAAUGAAAAUCUCGAACUAUCAAUUUUCACUAAACUUCCUUUUGGUGUAUUAUGAAACACAUGAAUUCUUCCACAGUUCCUAUUGGGCGAGUUUUUCAGCUCUGAUUUUUAUCAGAUGUGUCCAUGUGAUGUAUUUUCAUAGUCCCAUGUACAUUGUGAGAAAUCUUUUUUUUCUUUUUUUGACUUCACAAUGUAAAACAACAUGGAGGAAAUUGUUUUCAUUAAAUUUAUUAAUUUGUCUCUCAAAUGAUUUAGUGUGUUUCUAAAAGUAAGAAUUUAAUAUGGUCUAAACUAUUCGAUUUAAUGUGAAUUCUCUCAGGAACUUUUGAUCAGAUUUUGACAGUUUUCACUAUAAAUGUUUCUUUCAUUGUUAGUAAGUUGCAAACAUUUCUGCACAUAUAGUACAUUUGAACUUAUUUCACAUAAUAGAUUAUUUUAAAUAAGAGGAUAUUAUUUUUCAAGAAUCAAGUGCUGUAUUUUAUUUUAUGUUCAAAUGAAUCUGGUUUAUUAAUAAAAUUCUUUUGUUUUAUUGAGGUGGGAAUUUGCAGACUGAAGGGUGUAGUCAGAGUUUAAUUAUUUAUGAUUUUUUGUGUUUCAAUAAAGGAUAAAGUGUUAUUUGUAUUUUAUGGAAAUAAAAGUCCCUGUUUCCAAACUUUUCUAAACUCCUUGUAUUUUGUUGGAUACAUUAAACUCUUCUUUCUUAGUUUAAAAUUAUUCACCAAUUUUUUUAGGUGAUAUCCUGUAAGAACAUGAUUAUUAAAUGUGGAAUUUAUUUUUAAAGCAAGGUUGUCGGAGGACCUGGGUUGAGAACAUAGGAUUUAUUCUAAAAUUAGGAGAACUAGAUAUCUAUCUUAUGAUGUAGUCUUUCCAAAUAUUUGAAAUUUCCUUUUAGUUAAAAUAAUGUCUACAAAACAAUAAAAAAAAUUUAUUAAGCAUUUUUAUAAAUAUAUAAAUGACAAUUGUGCAAGAAUAUUAAUGCAAUAUUGAAUUAAUUUACAUCAAAUUAAACAUGCAUUAAUGCAAGUAUGAAUUGGCAAUUUUUUCCAGAGGAGAACAUUUAAAACUUCAGGAGGACGAGAACAAAGAAUGAAUUGUGAAAUGAAUGCCAUCUUUGAUUAUGCAACACAAUAUGAAAGAAUUUUAAUAUUGCUCUUGAGAAUGUUUUCUUGAUAAAUUCCCAUUUGAACAUUUAAGAGUGCAAAUCAUAAAUAUGGCACCUGAUGUGGAUUAAUUGUAUCCCUAGCAAAAAAGUAGUACUUCUCCAGCAGGGGAUAUCCAAUUCUCUUGGGUCCUGACAUCCUGUCCAUCAAUUUGCAUCUUGAAUUCAUAUUUACUUGUACACAAAAUGUUACAUAAAUAAUGGAAUCGUUCUUGAUUUCUGCAUUCAUGUGGAACAUAAAUGGAGAUAAUUUAAUACAAACGAAAGUGUUUGGAGCAACAAGGAACCUCUGAAAAUGAGUUUAUAUUAGAUCCCAAUUGAAACUUCCUAUACUAUUUCUAAGAUAAAAGGUAAAAAUGUAUGGCCAGAAAAUGUUUUUGCAGGCAACAGAUGAGACAUAGUCUAAAAUUAACCUGAUUGCUAUUGUCACUGCCAGUCAAAUAGCACAAUAACAGGUGAUACAGGUUAAUCUAAUGGUAGUGUGAAGAAAUCGCGGCUGUUCAGCUAAUAAAUUAAAUGUUUUAUAGUACAGUGCUUGAUAUAACAAUUUGCAGUUAAAAAUGGAAAUGUAUUUUUUACAUUUUAAUUAAAAUAUUAACAGGGGUAUGGGUUACAGAAGCUCAUUUGUUCAUAGCUAAGGAGGUGUAAUUCUUUUAAAAUUUGAGUAAUUAGGAUUGUAAAAAUGUACAGUAACCACAUUACGUUCACCUCCAAAUACUGAGAUCUAUUUAUAAGAAAGGGGAGAAAAAUCAAAUGGAUUACUUUUCAAUUCAGAAGUUCCAAACAAUGAUUUAAAUAAUUUUACUGUAUUCGUAUGUAAAUGGAAAUCUCUCCAGUAUUACUAAUUAAAGUUUCAUGAAUUCUUGUUCUUUUUUGAAGUUUGCUUCUGAAAUUAUACAUAUUUCCUAGAAAGCAAACCAAUAUGUUUUUUGUCUUGAUAUUUUGCUGCUUCUUUUGUGAACUAGAAAUUAUGUAUUUUAUUGUAAUUUAGUGAUUCUGUCUGUUUCCAGUUGAUCUAAAUAACCAGAAAGAAAUUGUCUUGCCAAUGAAUUAGUACGCAUAUGUAUUUUAUUGUGAAGUAACCUUCACAUUUGUUAGUUUCAUUAGUUUAAUUUAGUGACCAAGGUAUCACUUGCUUUGAUACUUACUUUGUUAUACAUCUGUACUACAUGUAUGAAGUAGUGCACCGGGCUUAUGAAGCUUUAGCCCCCCCAGAAACGCAGUAAAGCAAAGUACUACUUGCUUUCUUGUACACGUAUGUUAAAUAAAUGCAGUAGUGUACCAGGUUUAGAGACCUGUGACAUCCCAGAAACCGAUGCUAUCACAAUAAUUUUUGUUUUUACUAAUUUAAACAGAAAAUUUUAACAUUUUAAUUAUUUAUAUUCUUUUGCUGCUGCUUUUGGAGUUACAAAGUAUUUUGUUCAUAUUAUUAAUGGCAACUAUUAAUGUCCAAAUCAAGAUUAAUUUGUGUGGAUAUACACUGAAAAGUAAAUUAAAAUUGAUUUAACAAUUCUAUUCAUUUAAGUCUUUAAAAUAAAUAACUUUGAUUUGUAAUGUUUUGUUCUUUUUAUAUGAACAAUUUUUAACUUCUUGACACAACAAUAACUAACUAAAGAUACAGGCACCCUAGUUUUAAUAAUAUUUAAAUCAUUUAAUAUCUCACUUGCAUACGUUAUGAAUAACACAUUAACAAAUUAAAAUUUCUUUUAAAUUCUGCAUAAGUGUAAAAUUCUUUACAAGAAGUCAUCUGGAUAUUAUGCUUAUAACAUCCCUCCCCUCCAGGAAAAUCCUGGUUAUGCAAUAAAAGGCAGUAUCAGUUAAAAGUGAAACAAAAAUCCAGUAAAAUGAUAUACUUCUAAACAUUUCUAUCAAAUUUAGUAGAAAUCUGACAAUCUUGACUUCCGAAUAUUAAAAUUAAUACAUUAAUAAAUCUGCUUUAGCAGGUAGGUUCAUUUCAAAAAGAGAAAUACUAAUUUGGAUUUUACUGUUAUAUUUAUCACCAUCACAAACUAUAAUAUUGCCAUAAAGCUAAAACACUCAAAUUUCCAUCCUGAAAACAGAUUUCAUGCCUAUUACAUAUGAAAUAAUCAGUUUGAAUAACACUUGAUGUUUUCUAUGCAGUAGUGGAAUUAGGCAUGAGCACUGUAAAAGUGGAUAAAUCUAGUUGCUAAAUGUAGAAAAAGAUUCUCUAACACAUGUUGUAGCCAGAAACCGAAAUAUGCCAAAAAACGAUUGAAGGCAAAAUGUCUGUCCACCAGUGAUCAAUGCUAGUGCUUUAACUGUUCAGCCGAUUAUCUUCAAAAUUCAUACUCUCCAAUUGAUCUAAAUUAUCUCAAGGUUUUGGGAGUUUGGAUAUUUUGUUUUUUGAGGGUACUUAAUAUGAAGCCUCAAAAACAUUUUCAAAAUUUUCACAAAAAUGGAUACAAAUUUUUUGAUUAAACUUUGUCCUAAG